UUGCCUUCCACACUAGUCCUUUCCACAAAGAAAAUCCAAAUAGCGCCUCAGCCGUUACUCAAUUCCUCUCUAGCAUACACUACCACAUGGCUACAGCUCUAUCCGUACGGCCCAACCGCACUAUCUACGGAUCCACCUCCUUCCAUCGGACCGGGCGGCAACUGGCCGUAAAUGCUCUCAGUCCGUGCCGCCGGCGUCCCUGGGGCGCUAUGUUCUCCCGGCGCAUGUUAGCUGCUGCGCCGCUUCUGGCCUCGCGAGCGGACGACUCCGCGCCCUCAGAGAUGUCGGUCGAGAAUGCUCUCAAAUUGCUCGGUGUCUCCGAAGGUGCGUCGUUCGAUGAUAUUCUCCGUGCGAAGAAUUCGAUCCUCGCGGCUUGUAAAGAUGACCAGGAAGCAAUUUUGCAGGUGGAAGCUGCAUAUGACAUGCUGCUAAUGCAAAGCUUAUCGCAACGGAGAGCAGGGAAAGUUGUGAGCAGUAGCAUCCGUUAUGCUGAUGUUAAGCCAGUAAGUGCUCCCAAAAUGGAAUCAAUGCCAAAAUGGCUGCAGAAUUCUGUCAAAAGCUCACCUGUCUCUGUGGAAGCACCAUCCACUAGCGAGUUAGGAGUGCAAGCUGGAGUCUAUGGAGCUCUAAUGGUUUUUACAUAUGUAAAUGGAGCUUCAUCACCUUCCACAGCACCAUAUGCUGGAGUUGAUGUUCCUGGCCUCAUUCUAGCCACCAGCUUCGGUGCAACCUUAUACUUCAUGACCAAGAAGAAUGUCAAACUAGGAAAGGCUACUGUGAUAACUAUUGGGGGACUCGUGGCUGGUGCAGUUGUAGGCUCAGCAGUGGAGAGCUGGUUGCAGGUGGACAUCGUCCCGCUUAUGGGAAUACAAUCUCCAGCUACCAUUGUGAGCGAAUUUGUACUCUUCUCGCAAUUUUUAAUCUCCUUAUACUUGAGAUAAAUAGAUUGAGGCCGAGAAGCUGUACUCUCCCAAGCCUGGGAUGACAAAUAAUCAUCCCCCAAAAAGUCUAGCAAUGCAUAUUUAGGGUGUAUUUUUAACACAUGUUGUACAAAAUGUAAUGCUUUAGAACCUAUUUCAUUAAAUAUAAUUCUGUUGCAAAAUGUUAUCACCAGAUUCAGCAUUUGCUUAUUCUUUAGGGAAUAUAUAUGAUUUUUUUGUCGACUUUUA